AAAGUAGAAACCACUACAAAAGCGGAAGCUCCGAUCAUGGAUGUACCCCAUCAAAAGAAAAAACAGUGAGAGAGAGAGAAAGAGAAAGAAGAAGAAAGUCGUAGCGAAAGCAAAGAGAUCGAUGGAACCAUAUCAGGAAGACGACGCCCAGAAACAACACCAACCGCCUAAUAUCUCACCGAUGAAGCCGGUUACUGAAGGUGCUUACGGCGGGGGACUGUACGGAACGGAGGAGGGGCAGCCGGAGAAACCAACGAAGCCACCGGCCAGCGACACUCAGAGUGCGGAUGGGCCGGUUGACACCGGCAUUAAACCGAAGCACAAGCCCCCUCCUUCUACUGGUGACCGGGACGUCGAUAUUACGGGUCAAUCUUAUAUUCAGUAACCACUGUUUCUCUCAUUUUCUUCGUCUUUCUUUUUGGUUGCAAAGUCUUUACUUUUUUCGGUUAACUGGAUCCACUCAUUGCCGUUAUCUUCUGUAAAUAUUUAUAUGUUUCUGAUGUGAAUGACGAUAUAUGUUGGGUAUCUUCUCACCUUUUACCAGAGGA